ACUUCACGCACACACAUGCCAUGCUGAGUCUGCUGUAUCAGACGCGAUUGACAGAUUCACUGCGGUAAAAUGAUUCACUCCAAUCAGUCCAUUCACUCCAUCUUCUGCUGCUGCUGCUGUGCACUACAGACCAGAAGCAGCACUCGUGUGGAUGUGGACCACAGCGGAUAUCCAAGAUCCGUCCGUAUGAAUCAACUGUCUCAGAAGAAACUGCCUCCGUCGCCUCCUGAGGAUGACGACAGCGGGGUGAUGAAGGUGGUGGCCAUGUACGACUUCACCGCCAGAGAGAGUUCAGACCUGACGCUCCGUCAUGGAGAAACAUACAUCAUCCUCCACAAACAAGACCAGCUGUGGUGGAGAGCCAAAGACAGACACGGGAACAAGGGAUUCAUUCCCAGUAACUAUGUUACAGAAAUCGGAACUAUAGAGGCCAACGACUGGUACUGCAAGAACGUCAACAGAGCUGAAGCAGAACAGUUACUGAGACAAGAGGGGAAGGACGGAGGGUUUGUGGUCAGAAGCUCCAGUCAGCCCAGCGGAUACACAGUGUCUGUUUACGCACAGAGUUCAGGUAAAGGUGAGGUGAGGCACUACCAGAUAAAGCAGACAGACACGGCUCAGUUCUACUUGGCAGAGAAUCACGUGUUCAGCUCUGUUCCUGAACUCAUCAACUACCACAAACAUAAUGCAGCAGGGCUGGUGGCCAGACUGAGAUAUCCCAUCGGGCCCAUGGGCAAAUGUCUGCCGGCUACAGCGGGAUUCAGUUCAGAUAAAUGGGAGAUCAACCCGUCGGAGCUGACCUUCAUGAAGGAGCUGGGCAGCGGUCAGUUUGGAGUGGUGCGACUGGGCAAAUGGAGGGCGCAGCAUAAAGUGGCCAUUAAAACCAUCAAUGAAGGAGCCAUGAGUGAAAAUGAUUUCAUAGAGGAAGCCAAGAUCAUGACGCGUCUCUGUCACCCUAAACUGGUCCAGCUGUACGGCGUGUGCGUCACCCAGCGGCCCAUCUGCAUCGUGACGGAGUUCAUGGAGAACGGCUGUUUGCUUCACUUCCUGCGACAGCACAGCAAGACUCUGGGACGCGUUCAGAUGCUCUUCAUGUGUCAGGACGUUUGUGAAGGGAUGGAGUACCUGGAGCAAAACAACUUCAUACACCGAGACCUGGCCGCGCGGAACUGCCUGGUGAACGAAAGGAACGUUGUGAAGGUGUGUGACUUCGGCAUGACCAGGUACGUUCUGGACAAUCAGUACAUCAGCUCCAUGGGCUCCAGGUUUCCUGUCAAAUGGUCUCCACCUGAAGUCCUGCAUUUCAGCAAGUUCAGCAACAAGUCAGACGUCUGGUCAUUCGGUGUGCUGAUGUGGGAGGUUUUCUCCGAGGGCAAGAGCCCGUUUGAGAACCGCUCUAAUGUGGAGGUGGUGGAGGAGGUGACGCAGGGCGGCCGUCUCUACAGGCCUCACCGGGCGUCUGGGCACAUCUACAACAUCAUGUACCGCUGCUGGCACGAGGUCAGACGCCGCUCACACACACUCACACACAUCACACCACUUUCACCCCGAUUCGCAGUCUGGAUGAGUCUCGGAAAAUCCCAGAGUGUAUGAUGGACUCAGACUUCAGACUGCUGGAGGAGAUCAAACAUGUUUGAGGUUUUGUGUUUGAUUUCCUCUGCAGCUAUUUGAUGUCUAGUGUUUUAAACCCUGUUGCGAUUUUAAAAGUUGUGUCAUGUAUUCCAGCCUUUACAUCUGAAUCUCUGCACAGAACUUUGAAUAAUUAUGUUGUUUGUUGUUUUCAGAGACCUCAUGGACGACCGAGUUUUUCUGAGCUGCUGCAGAAUAUCAGACAGAUCACUGAAGAGGAGACGGACACAUAAACACACACGAGCUCAGAGAAUGAAGGACUGUUGAGGACAUCUGAAGCUUCUGAAGCUGCAUCAUGAUCGUGUGAUUAGGGUUGCAAAAUUCCGGGAAUUUUCAAAGCUGGAAACUUUCCAUGGGAAUUAAUGGGAAUUUGCAAAAUGAUAACAGGGUACUUUAUUUGAAAAAAACAUCUUGCAGCAUAAUUUUGGUUAAAACAACCAUAUUUAAUGCAAUUUUAGUUGAUUUGUUUUUUACCCUGUGCAUUCCCCCAGUCCAUAACAUGCACAUUUGA